CGAGCGCCACAUUCUGCUUCUCCUCCAUCUGAAGCCUCCGCUUUCGUCCCGGCAUCAUGGAUUACCUGCCGACGUUCACCUCCGCCGCCAGCGCCGCCGUGCAGAGCGUCAAGAGGAGGCUCAACGGGAGAACCAUGGCGUCUCCAGAGGUUUGCUGGCCGAUGCCGAUGCGAGCCAUCGGGGCGCAGAACCUCCUCACCAUGCCGGGAGGAGUGUCCACGUCGGGAUACCUCCACAAGAAGGGAGGCAGCCAGUUCAGCCUCAUGAAAUGGCCGCUGCGAUACAUCAUCAUCCACAAAGGCUGCGUCUACUACUUCAAGAGCAGUACCUCUCCUUCCCCACAGGGGGCGUUUUCUCUCAACGGUUACAACAGGGUGAUGAGGGCGGCAGAGGAGACGACAUCCAGCAACGUGUUUCCCUUCAAGAUCGUCCACUUCAGCAAGAAACACAGGACAUGGUUCUUCUCUGCGGCCAGCGAGGACGAGAGGAGGAAAUGGAUGCGAUACUUGCGGAGGGAGAUCGAUCAUUACAACGACCGGAGAGAGUCACUCAUCCCGAGUGAUUCAGAUUCUGACGCCGACAGUUUCUAUGGAUCCAUUGAGAGGCCGAUGGAAAUUAAACACCCCAUCGAUAAUGCAGAGGAUGAUUACAUUGAGGAUGAGGAUGAUGACGAUGAGGAGGACUACCUGAAGCCUGACGGUGACUGCUCACCAACAUCCACAGGUCGACCCACGGGACCGCCCCCCUCGUACCCCCCUCCCCCCGUCCCGUCACCGCUCCAGCACCGCCAAGACUCCACCAACGCCGCUUUCCACAAAGGCCUGCCCCCUCCCGUCCCGCAGCAUGGCAAAGCUCCUUCCAGCCCGGUCCCCAAGAAAACGCCGCCGCCUUACCCGCCCCACUCCAACCUGAAGGACGCCGCCGUCAAAGGCCCGCCCCCGCCGCUCCCCUUCGCCCCCCAUUUGCAGAAAUCCCCGUCGUCGCUCACCCCUCCUCCCCCGCCGCCCUCCAGCGCCAAGCGGCCGCUGCCGGGUCGGAUGGCGUCGGUGCCGGCGCCCGGGACCGACCCAAGGGACCGCAGGACCCCGCCGGUCGUGACGAUCCAGUCCCCCGCCACUCUGCCCAUCUGCGACCAGCUGGAGAGCAGGAUGAUGCUGAACGGUCCAGGCCGCCCCCACCUUGUCGCCGGGGGAAACCGGUCACCUGGCAACACCCGCCACAGUGUCAAACCGACCCCUUCUCCCCCCUCCCCUCACCUUUCUCCCUCCUCCUCUCACCCGCCUCCCCCCUCCUCCCUCCCGCCCCUCUCUCCUCACCUCAAACCCGGACUGCCCGGGAAGCCGCCGAUGCAGAAGCCGCCGCCGCCCACCGGCAAACCCCCGAUGCCGGCGGCCAAACCCCGAGCAGCAGCAGGACGCUCCAUUCAAAGAGCGUCUCCAGACGGCCAGAGUUUCCGCUCCUCGGGCGACGAGAUGCCGGCCGACCACAGGAAGAGGCGGGACCACAGCGGCGAGGACGAAUCCGACGAAGGCUACGAGAACGUGCAGCUGCCAGACUCCGUGUUCAUCGACACGACUGAGACCAGCAGCGUGGAAAAGCUGUUCAGGGAGAGCUCGUCACCACCGCAGGACGGACUCUACGGCAUCAGAAACUCCGGCACCAAAACCGCAAAGGUGUUGGUGGUGUGGGAUGUCAGUCUGGGAAAAGCCAGAAACUACAGACUGUUUGAGGAGGGUCAGCGAGUGUUUCUGGACAGCGAGGUGAGCUUCCCCUCCCUGGCGGCUCUGAUCGAACACUACCACAGCCACCCGCUGCCCAACCAGGGCUCGCUGUGCCUGCAGCGGCCCUACGGCUACUCACAGCCCAGGUGACCUCUGACCCCCGCAGCUGUCAGCCUGCAGGGACCGGCCGAGCCACGAGCCGCCGCUCCCCUGAUGAGCUUUUAACCAGCGACUGCUUACCUGCAGACUGAGGGAUUCUCUCCGCCGGGGCGACCUUUGACCCCAAAUCUCGGACCCCGGCCCCCCUCCUUGGCCUGCUCCCGGCCUCGUCUGUCCGACAGUCGCCUGUGGACGCUCUCCUGACGCCUCCAAGGAAAAGUCGACGACUGUGAACGCUGGAAAGUGAACUCACAAAAACACAGAGUGGAAAAAAGUCGUCGCACCAAGGUUUUACUCGGUCGCUGAGGGGAUUUCAAAGAACCUAUAAAGGCAAAAAAAGGAAAUAAACUGGACACGAGAGCGAUUAAUACGCUCUUUGGAGGUUGAUACUGAUAUUUUCAGACUGAAGCCGCUGAUAUUAUAUCAUGAGGCAAUAUUCAGUAUCUUCAAUGACCUUUUCUGUGCCAAAAAGUUUCUCACCAGUGUUUUAUUCUCGUCAGAACAAAUCACAGGACACUAAAACUGCAAAUAUUCAGUGGUAAGGGAAACUCUGGGAUAC